AAGGUUGCUGGAAGGGAAGGGGAGAGCGGCAAAGAAAGAGAGCGGGUGAAAGAAACUUAGACUCCGCCCAAGCCAAACGCUAGGUUACGGAAAGUGGGCGGAGCCUCGCGGCGAGGGCACGUAGACGCCGAGCUGGUUGCUAAGCGACGGAGCGCUUCCUUGGUUACCCUGGUUGACCGGCAGCGGAGGAGGAGGAAGAGAUCGAGAGAGCCGCAGUGGGAAGCUGGAGCUGCCGAAGACUGCAGGAUGAAGCAGCCCCAGUGCCUGUGUCAGAUUUGCACCUGCGGGCGCCAUCGUUGCCCUCAUAAUCCCACAAGGAUUUAUGACUAUGGAGGAGAGUCAAGCCUCAUGACAGAAUAUGUAGACAAAUAUCCUCUGUAUGGCAAUGUCCCUCCUGCCCAGAGCCUCAGGCCCAAGCAGGAGUAUCAAGCCCAUGGAGGGAAAAUGGAAGGCAUCACAACUUUCAGGUCUGACUACGUUCCAUACAAUGUGGCAAAUCGCCCUAUUCGGGUGCAAGAGGAAUACAAACCAAGAGCUGGAGAUAUUGACCUGGGAACCACUUACCGAAGAGAUUAUAAUGCUCAUAAAAUAAAUCCAGUGAUAAUAGUAAAGCCUGUAGACAGGAAGUACAUUAGAGAAGGCAAACUGAAUACCAUACCUACUUACCAAGCUGACUAUAGGACCUGGGAAGUUCAAAGAAGGGAGCCCAAUAAAAUGGAGAACACCUACCAUCCUCCCACAGAAAAGUUUGGAAACGCCACUACAUUUCAAGAUGCCUAUUUUCCUAGGGAACUCUCCCUCCGAAAAAGCUUUAAGCCUACUGUUGUGACCAAGCUUUCAGACCAACCUUUUAUCAGUGUUACAAGUCAUCGCAGUGAUUAUGUUCCUCACCAGCUAGAACCAAAAUCAAAACUGUCAAAAGAAGAAUACAGGCCAAAUAGCCAACCUUUUGUAGACACCACAACACACCGUUGUGAUUUUAGAGGGCUUGUUGGUGAACUUCCAAAAAGCUUCAAGCCCGAACCCUCUAAAGUGGAAUUGAAGGCUCAUUUUGGUGGACUCACAGAAUUCCGUGAUCGUUUUCAACCAUGGGCAGUUUCCUUACCUGAAGUACGCAAAGGAAAAGAAUAUGUUCCACCCACAGGCAACAUGGAUUUAAACUCCACAACCCACCUUGAUUAUAUUCCACAUGAUAUCAAUCCAGUUGCCCUCAUGAGGCCAGUAGAAAAAAGCAGGAGAAAUAAUGCUCCCUUCCAAGAGAACACAACAAUGAGGGAUUCCUUUCAAGCUUGGGAUACUUACCGACCAGAAAUUGUCAAAAAAUACCAGGAAAUACCAAAGGCCUCUGGGAAAUUCGAUGACAUGACCACUUUCAGAGCCCACUAUAUACCACACAGCAUAGUCCCAACUCAGAGUUGCAAACCUCCAAAAAUGUCUCUGUCUAGUUCAGCACCUUUUGAAGAUGGAACCAUGUAUCGCACAGAAUAUACCCCAAAGAAACAAGAGAUCUGCCCAGCAACCUAUCCAUCUCCUCCAGGAUAUGUCUUUGUCAGCACUGAUUCCCGUGGUCACAAAUUCUUCCGCAGAGUUACACCAGAUGUUAAUAAGGUUGCUCAUGCAAAUGGUAAUCAUGUUCCAAAAGAAAUAGCUGUUAUGUCAUAAUUCAUGGUUCCAGUAAUCUGCACAAAAGCAUUCUGAAAAUUAUCAUGCAAUGGGCACAUAAUUACAUUAGCUUUAGCCAUUCUAAAUAAGCACACUGAUUAUCAGAUUUUUUUUUUAUGGGAUCUGAGAAUUACUAAAUGUUUACAGGACUAGUGAUAAAAAUUUAUAUAAGUAAAAUGUGUGUCAAUAAUUUUGUGCAAUCUCUUUUCUUCAAGUGUAUCGUAAGAUACCUGUUAAUUUUUUAACAAGAUGGUGCUUUUCUUGCAAAAUUUGAUGAUUCAUUUUCAUACAAUCACUGCUAAAUUGUAAGACUUGAGUGUGAUUGUGCACUGUUCUUAUAUGCAGCAAAUCAAAUCCUCCCAGCCCACUUCCUCAGAAUGUGUUCAGUGAAAGGAGUCGUAACCAAUAUACAUGUGGAAUAUAAAAGCUUCCAGGUUCAUUCUAGGUAUCUUCAUUUCAAGGAUCUUCUGUAGCAAGGUUGGGAUAGAGAUCUGCCUGAAACCUUGGAGAGCCACUCUCAGUCGUAGGCAAGAUUACUUGACAAGGUAGAUUAGUGGUCCAGUUCUGUGUAAGGCAGUUCCUCAUAUAUUGUGAAUGUUAAAGAUUGCUGUGUUUGUUGCUGCACCAAGCAGCAUCACAAAACACAACAUUGCAUGAGUUCAGAUGUUCAUAAUCAUGCCGUAAUACCCAAACUGAUAUACCCAACUUUUCUGAUUUGGAAAUGCAGCUGUCAUGUGUCUCCUUUGACAGGGCAGAAGGAUUAAUUGAUGUAUACAACUAACCUAGAACCAAAUAGUUUUCUUCCCACCUCUUUUCAUAUAGCAUAGAACAUCACAAGAUAACACAAAGGUCCUUUUAACCAGUGGUUGUGACAGGAUUCAUAAUGACCCUUUCAGCUUGCUUUUUCAGCCUAUCUAGGCUAAAUUCCAACGAAUGUGCCAUUUGUAUAUAUUAGUUAUGUGACAGCAACCACUUGCACACCAAAUGCUAGAGGUUUCAGUUGAAAUGUGGUGGUUGAACUUUACUAAUCAGAUUUGUCCUGCCACAUUCAGCUCCCCCCUCCAGCUGUUUGAUUAGGCCAGGACUCACGAGAGGUGGUCUCGUCUUUUCUGAGCUUUUAGAUUCUGGACUACAAAUUCCUUCAUUUUCAUUUGAAU